AUGACCUUACUUUGCCCCUUGGAGCCCACAGUGUCCGAGCCCGUAUUGACGCCGCCCGGGCUGCAGAGACCCCCCGUUCACGACCGAGCAGCGUCUGAGAUGGCUGUUCCGCGAAUUAUUGUUGACUAUUCAGACUCCACGCUACUGGAUACGGCGGCGGACGCAACUGCAAACCUUUCUCUCACCGUUCCACCCCCGCCCGCUCCGCGCCCGGCUCUCAAUGCGGACGCCCAGGAGCCAGCGGCGGCGGCAGCAACGCCGGGACAACUGAAGCUGCCAGGGCCUGCUAAUUUACGGCCGACGCGGCCCGUUCUCCAGCGGUUUUACUCACUGCCUUCUGCCCCCACGCUGAGUCCUGCGCGGCAUCACUUCCGUUUACAAAGCGCUGAACCCCGCAUGGUAAAAGAGACGCCAAGCCUGGCGUUCUCAGAGGACUCGCGGGGUCGAUUUGUGAACCAGUAUCUUGUUCGAAGAGUUGUUGGUCACGGCUCCUAUGGCUUGGUUUACGAGGCGGUCGACGUUGAAACCAACACGGCCUUUGCAAUCAAGGAGUACUCCAAGACGCGCUUGCUCAAGCUCAAUCGCAAAGUGAUGAUGCAGAUGCGGCGCCAGGGCCAUUCUGCCGCAGCAAUGUGGACUCCUGCAACCGCUGGAGGAUUGAUUCGUGGAGAAGUCGCCAUCAUGAAGCGAAUUGACCACCCAAAUUUAGUAGCGCUCCACGAAGUUAUUGACGACCAAAGAAGCGACAAACUGUUCAUGGUGAUUGAGUGGUGUGAUAAAGGCACCAUUAUGCCCCCAGAGUGCAACUAUGACGGAAAGGCAACGCCUCUUGAUGAGGAACGCUGUCGGCUGUAUUUCAGAGACAUGAUUUUGGGCGUAGAAUACUUGCAUGCCCAGGGAAUCGCUCACCGCGAUAUCAAGGCAGACAAUGUUUUACUUAGCGACGACGAUGUCUUGAAGAUUGCCGACUUCGGAGUGUCGGAAAUGUUCGACAGAGCCUCGGAAAAUGAUACUGUCCAGGGCUGUGUAGGAUCACCAGCAUACAUGAGCCCAGAGCUUGCUUUGAUCUCUGGGGGUGGUGCUAAGCAACCUGUAGUGCUCCCUAAAAAAAUCAGUGGUCGCAAAGCGGACAUUUGGGCCAUGGGUGUGACGCUAUUCUACAUGAGCCACGGCAGACUGCCCUUCGAGGCCAAUUGCCUCGACGAACUGUACUGCAAGAUUCUUAAUGAAGAGCCCGAGAUUGGCACAGGUUGCAGCCCAGAGCUCAAGGAUCUUUUCAAGCGGAUUUUGUGCAAAGACGCUAAUACCAGAAUCAGUUUGAAUGAGCUCAGAGAGCAUCCAUGGGUCACCAGCGGCGGUCACGACGAGCUGCUGCCAUAUGAAGAAAAUGUCGAGGGCAGUACGGACGUUAUUACCGAGGAAGACUUGAGUUCUGCUGUAGAGUCACUCCAGCAGCGGUUUUCCCAGCAAAGCUUAGAUUGGUACAAUUUGGCCAAACGCCUGCAAGCUGGUCAUGGCUUCCGCGCCCCGUCGCUGGGCAACCGAACACCAAACAUGGAGGCCUCUAGAACGCCCUCAUUUUCAUCGGGCGGUGGCACUCCUCCGGAUUCUGAUUUCAAGCCCAGCUUCAAACCAGGACAUCGGUCUGGGGAGAGUUUGGGCAAAAUGGAGAAACUGACAAUGGCAUUAGAUGAAAUCAUUCGAUCGAACCAAUUGGAUUGGGAACAAACUUCUGAUUUAGGUAACAACGAUCUCUAA